GACGUCAGUAUGCAAGAAACCUAACUGCAGAAUGGAAACGUUCUACCGUUCAGUUUUCCUUUUCUACAUUUGUGUGACCUCUUUCCAUCUCGUCGUGAGCUGGUACUACAACUGCUUCGUGGAUACCAACGUUCUGCUGCAAGACGGUUGUAACCUGAAGAACAUCGUCAUAGACAAGCUGACCGACACGAAUAACAUUUACUUUCCACCAACCAACAUUAAUUUUUUCGCGUCGAACUUUUCCUCUUUCUCACCAGCCCUCGGGCAAAGGUUCUCCGACGAAACGGAAUAUGUUAAUCUCUUCAACUGCCAAUCACCGACGGUGGCGAUACCGCUGACGUUCAAGCGAUUGGGAAUAUUUUUCAAUAACCUUGAGAAGGUGUUGGCGAAUUACAACCAACCGAACCAGUUGGAGCAGCUGAGCAUUGUGGGGACGCGAAUUUCGGAGAUUCGUUUUGUGGAGGUACUGAAUCGUUUGCAAUUCCUGCGGAUCCAGAAAAAUUUCGUUAGAUUCGUCAAUUUCGAGCGGUUUCGGAACCUGCCGCAGCUGGAAAUCAUUGAUCUCAGGGAUAACCGCAUUUCCACUAUCGAACCCGGGCUUGGGCCUAUUUCGUUACCUCAACUACGAGAACUUCACCUCAGCGGAAACUAUCUGAUCGAAUUGGACAGUGGUUUGUGGAGCUUUCCGAUUUUGGUAGUGCUGAAGUUGAACACGAAUUUUUUGAAAUCCUUAAAUUUACCGGAGCUUGAGAGAUCGAUGCCGCUGCUCGGAGAGAUUACUUUGAGUCAGAAUCUUUGGAACUGUAAACGAAUCGAUGAGAUUGUGGAGUAUUUUUAUCAACACAACGUUAGCUAUGUUUACGAUGUUGAGGAGCUGGGCUGUAAUUCGUUCGACUAUUUGGAGUACGUGAGUCUGUCAGCAAUUGAUGAAGUUUCCAUUGGCAAAAAAGCGUUGAAUAGCCUAACCAGAGCCGCUAGUAUGUACUUUGAGGAUGCGAAAUCCACGAUGUUGGCUGAAUUGCAAACGAGGAAUCGAAAGGUAGAGGAUGAGCUGCGUGAUUUGAACGCUGGAGUGGAUGAAAUAAGCCGCAAGUAUAGUAGUUUAAAAAAGUUUAUUAAUGAUAUAUAAAUUUGUGAAAUAUAAUUUUAAA